AUCGGUUAAUUUUUUAGUUCAAUAUCACUAUGCGGGCAUCAUAAUUCCUCGUGAUCUUGAUAAAUCGCGCUCAAUAUAGAAUUCGGUUUUCGGAUUCGUCCUUUGUUUCCUAGCUGUUGUUUAAUUCGUUGGAGCGGCAAUAUUUUCAGCAACAGGUGGAAAGACUGCGGCAGUAUAGCCACUAUGAAGCUGUGGACUUUGCUUAGCUUCGUGGCUGCAUAUCAGCAAGUACUUCUGGCUGAAAGCAACAUAUUGGUGGUAUUUCCGCAUGUUUACUACAGCCACUUUAAGGAAACCGCUCGAUUGGUGUCGAAAAUUGGCACCUACGGAUACAAUGUCACUUUUGUGACCCCUUUCCCAACCCAGCUGGAAAACGCCCAUCAAGGGAUCACGGAAAUAUCCAUUGAGGGUAUUGUAGAGCCGCUCAAGGACUAUGUCGCAAACUUUUACCAGACUGAAAACACCUGGUACUCCUACUGGUCGCAUUUGAAAUACACCAAAGACAUUGGCUAUGAAUAUGCACAGAAAGUCUUGGAAAAUGAAAAUGUUACAAAGCUAAUCUCGUCCAGCUCGCAAUUCGAUCUAGUGAUCAUAGAAGAUGUGUCUGCCGAUGCCCUAACUAUAUUAUCGCACAUUUUCAAAUGCCCUUUGGUCGUACUCUUGUCUGAGCCUCUAGGAAUAUUUUACGACAACUACGUAACCGACAUAACGCCUUGGAAGCAGUACAAUGAGAUCAGAAGUAUGCAUCACUGGGCGUUCAAGGAAUUAUUUCGCGAACUGAACACGUUGCCUGCUCAGAACAGACUUGCGAGAAAAUUUCUACCAAGUGCACCAGAUCUCAGAAAUAUCAUGUAUGACACCAGCUUGGUCCUAAUGCCCAGUUAUGAGAUUUUGACCUAUUUAGUUCCCAAAUAUCCGCAUGUUAAGCAAAUUGGCGGGUUCAACAGGGCGGAAUCUAAUAAGCCGGAAAUUGAAGCCGAAAAUGCAUCUGCCUCUCUUGUAGUGGUCUCAAAAAACAUUCCCAGCUACAUAUUUGAGAAAUUACUGGAUAUUCCAUCACUAAAGUUCAUUUACACCUCGCAAGUAUCUGAUGUGAUCAGACAAGAAAGAGUAGACUUACUGAUAGGCGAUGGGGAUGUCUACGAUAUAGCCUCAGCUAUGGCAAGAAGAGUAAAGGUUUUGAUAAUUUCUCGCAAUUACUGGCAUCAAUCCUUUCUGAUUGAUAAGCUAGUAGAUGAGCGCAUGGCUUUGCAAGUAUCCAUAGAAGAUGACUUUAAGAAGAUCGUUGAGGCAGUCAACUAUCUAAUGAAUGACGCAGAAUCGGUAUUUAAAGUAAUGCGAGCUUGGACACUAAUGAAUAUUGAACAACCCGAAGGUGAUCAGACGAUGGGUUGGCUGGAGCACGUUUUGUUCUAUAAAGGAGCGUCCCACCUAAGGCCGAGCAACCUGAGAAGCAGCCUACUACAUAAUCGGAUAACGGUUAUCAUUAUUCUCAUCAUAGUGGACCUAGCGCUGUUUCUACUCUUCUACUGGAUUAUUAUACAUUUUCAUAAGGUAUUACGCCAUGCUGUCCUCAAAGUCUGUGGGGCAAUACGAAGGUUUAUUAAGAGAAGGGCACAGCCUCAAACCACCAUCAGUUACAUUCCUAUUGACGAGAAAAAGUUUGGAAUAUGAUUAAUCAUUCCAUGAAUGAUUACGUUGAUAAAUGCCUAAAAUGAUUGUUAAAUUACACAAAAUGUGUGUGAAAA